AUGGCCAUAGGUUUGAGUCAUUCCUACUCAUCACCUUCUGCAGACAAAAAUGGUGAAGAUGAGCUAAUGAAGAAGGUGAAUUUUUCGCCAUUGGGGAAAGGAAAUGAGAUCGUAAAUGGCGAUGAAAUCGGGUUCGACCCGAGUGAACCUCCGCCGUUUAAGAUUGGCGAUAUUCGAGCAGCAAUUCCUGAGCAUUGUUGGGUUAAAGAUCCAUGGAGGUCUUGCUCUUAUGUUGUUCGGGAUAUUGCCGUGGCUCUUGGUUUGGUGGCCAUUGCUUUGCAUUUCAAUAGUUGGAUUUUUUGGCCGGGGUAUUGGUUUGCCCAGGGAACAAUUUUCUGGGCUAUUUUUGUUCUUGGACAUGAUUGCGGCCACGGGAGCUUCUCCGACAAUCCCAAUCUCAAUAAUAUCGUGGGACAUAUCUUGCAUUCUUCCAUUCUUGUACCGUACCAUGGAUGGAGAAUCAGCCACAGGACUCACCAUCAAAAUCAUGGACAUGUUGAAAACGAUGAAUCAUGGGUACCGUUGCCUGAGAAGAUAUACAAGAAACUGGAUUUGUCGACCAAAUUCCUGAGAUACAAAGUCCCUUUUCCCCUGUUUGCAUAUCCCCUUUAUCUGUGGUCUAGGAGUCCAGGGAAGAAGGGUUCACACUUCAAUCCUUACAGUGAUUUGUUCAAAAGCAGUGAGAGGAAACUUGCACUCACAUCAACAAUCUGCUGGGCUGCAAUGGUUGCUUUUCUCUUUUGCUUAUCCAUCAUAUUUGGACCACUCCUAUUGCUAAAGCUCUACGGGGUUCCCUAUGUGAUAUUCGUCAUUUGGUUGGACUUAGUCACUUACUUGCACCAUCAUGGUCAUGAGAAAAAGCUUCCUUGGUACCGUGGCAAGGAGUGGAGUUACUUAAGGGGAGGCCUAACCACUGUGGAUCGUGAUUAUGGAUGGUUUAACAAAAUCCACCAUGAUAUUGGCACCCAUGUUAUACACCAUCUCUUUCCUCAGAUCCCGCAUUAUCACUUAGAAGAGGCGACAAGGGCAGCUAAACCAGUCAUGGGUAUGUAUUACAGAGAGCCCAUAAAAUCAGGACCAGUUCCUUAUCAUUUGCUCCAAAAUUUGGUAAGAAGCAUUAACGAAGACCAUUUUGUUAGUGAUAGUGGAGAAAUAGUGUAUUAUCAGAAGGAUUCACAACUCUCUUAG